CCGUUCACACUCACAUUCACACACUGUCGGCACAGGAGUCAAGAACAGUUCAGGGCUCAGUAUCUUGCCCAAGGACACACUGGCAGGAGGAGCUGGCAUCAGACCACCAACCUGUAGUGGACAAUGUUUUCAGCACUGGCGCCGAUCCGCAGCUAUGAAAACAUUACACCCAGGUUCACCCGGGUCCUCUCAGUGGUGGAGGCGCCGCAGCCAGGGGCAGAGCAGAGGCGGUGAUAUAAGGCAGGACGGCAACACGACGCCAGAGCGCAGCGCACGGAGCGUCGUCUGGACUUGUGCUUCACGUCUCCACCAGUAGUUGACAGCCAGGCGGGAUGACCGAUCACUCACACGUUCCCAGAUCCUGACGCCUGUCGACCGGGACAUGUCCGAGCUCCUCGCGCUGGUGCCACGGGUCCGCGGUCCGACCUCCUCUCCAGUGGACUACUCCUGCAACACUUCCCCGGGCUGUAUAUGAUCUUUUUGUUUUUUAUUGUUUGCAUGCGGACAAACUUGCAGCAGCUCUCGGGACGGUGUUGGUGAAGUGCGCGCGUAUCUGUGUCCAGGCUAGACUGCGCGUAAAAGUUGAAGCGUAAACGUCACAGACUCCGACAUGGAGCUGAAGAGCGCGUGUCGCAUGCUUCUCUUCCCGGUUCAGAUGUUGUACUAUCUGGUGAAGGCGAGUUUGUCCUCGCUGCUGCCGAGCAGAAAGAAGGACCUGGGCAAGGAGGUGGUAUUGAUCACCGGGGGAGGACGCGGCAUCGGACGUCAUCUGGCCAAAGAGUUCGCCAAGCAGGGAGCCAGAAAG